AUGAAAGUAGAAAACUUAUCUGAAAGUAUUGAUGUAAAAGAAAACAGAAAUAAUAGAGUUCAAGUAUUGGAAUAUCACCAAAAAUCUGCUGAUGAGAAAAUAUUAGUAGUACAGGAUGCUGAUAUUACCAAUAAAGAUGAAAAAGAAAUAUUUAAGAAAAAUUCAGAGCAUAUUGAAUAUAAAGAAUAG